GGAAAAGCAAGGUGAAACCAAAACGGUAUCUUGUGGGAUUCCACCCACCACCAUCGAUUCCUUCUUGGGAACGUGGCAUUCUUUUCCAACGACCACAAAUGCUACGACUCAUCACCUCUGCCAUAUACAGCACAGAGAGCUGCGAGUUGCUUUGUUGAAGUCUAGCCAAUGGCCGCGAGGUCUGCCAUUUCUCUCUUCCAUCCGCACCUCCCGCAGCUAUCCUCGAAGCCGAGGGCCUCUCAUCUUGCCCUCUCAUCUUCUUCAUCCAUUUCACAAACAAACAAGUCCGAGGUAUCUUUUUGUGCUGGAACACAUCUAAUCCCACACCCUAGAAAGGUUGAGAAAGGAGGAGAAGAUGCCUUUUUUGUGGGCAGCUAUAAUGGAGGAGUGCUUGCUAUUGCUGAUGGUGUUUCUGGGUGGGCUGAGAGAGAUAUAAAUCCUGCAUUAUUUCCUCAAGAAUUAAUGGCUAAUAUUUCAACUCUUCUUGAGAAUAAUGAGGUCGAUAAUGAUCCCAAACUGCUUAUGCAAAAAGCUCAUGCUGCUACAUUGUCUACAGGUUCUGCUACUCUAAUUGUUGCUAUGCUAGAGAAGAGUGGAAUUCUUAGGAUUGCAAAUGUUGGAGAUUGUGGUCUCAGGAUCAUACGGAAAGGGAAAGUGAUCUUUUCAACAACUCCUCAGGAGCAUUAUUUUGAUUGUCCAUUCCAGUUGAGUUCUGAGAUUGUUGGACAAACUUAUGAAGAUGCUGUGGUCAGUAAUGUGGAAGUGAUGGAAGGAGACACCAUUGUUAUGGGCUCAGAUGGACUUUUUGACAAUGUUUUUGAUCAUGAAAUUGUAUCAGUAACUUCUACACAUAAAGAUGCUUCAGAGGCUGCAACAGCUCUGGCCAGCCUAGCUAACAAGCAUUCAAUAGAUGUUGAAUUUGACUCACCUUAUGCUAAGGAGGCCCGGGAUCAGGGCUUUGAUGUUUCCAUAUGGCAGAAACUUCUAGGAAGGAAACUAACAGGAGGCAAAUUAGAUGACAUCACUGUCAUUGUCGGACAGGUUGUAAGCUCAUUUGAAUAAUUCAACAACCAAACAUACACUUUGCAAGGUGGCAGCCUCUGAUUUAAGGAGAAAGGUUGAUAGAUCUGCCAAACUUUGGGGGAAAUUCUAAUAAAUUUGGGGGACAAAUCUCAAGAACCUUUCCGAUGUUAUACAUUCAGGUAACUCAGUCAAAUGUUUGCUAAAGAAGAUCCUUGCAAUCUAGGUGGAGUCUGGGAAAUCCUGCCCUCCAACAGUGAAGCUUUGUGUUCUUGUGCUCUGUAGUAAAUGAGAUUAUUCAUUUGUAAUAUUAUUCUUUUGAGCACAUAAUUGAAUAACCUGAGGCGGCUUCCUUGAAUUCAAUUAUUGCCUCCUUUUUUAUGUAUCCAAUGCAUGCAUAUAUCUGCAUUCAUGCCCUCACAGACGUAUUGCAGGAAGCAAGUGUGCCAGAUCUAUUUUCGUGGCCAAAUUUUUGUGCUAUAACAAUAUUUAAAGCAUUCUCUAGUCAGAUAAAUUCCAGCGCCUUAUAUUGAUUA